AUGUUUUUCCUUUACUCCUUCAAUUCUAGAUUUUUCUUUCUUUUUCUCUUUGUCAUGCUUUCAUUUUCUGUUACAUUCACCGAGUCUUUCUUUCUUUCUCUCUUUCUUUCUUUCUUUCUUUCUUUCUUUCUUUCUUUCUGGACUUAUUAUUCUUUCCUCCUCUCUUUUCCCGUUCUUUCUUUCUUUCUUUUUUUUGGGGGGGUACUUUCUUCUUUCUUCCUCUUUUGGCGUUCUUUCUUUCUCUCUUUCUUUCUUUCUUUCUUUCGUUUACUUUUUCUUUCUUUCUUUCUUUCUUUCUUUCUUUCUCUCUUUCUUUCUUUCCUUCCGUUUUUCUUUCUUUCUUUCUUUCUUUCUUUCUUUCUUUGUUAUUUAACUAUUUUCAUUCCAACUCCAAAUCAUUCCGAUUUUGAUAACAAUAUCUAUCUAUCUAUCUAUCUAUCUAUCUAUCUAUCUAUCUAUGCCAAUUGGCUUACGAUUAUCUAUCUAUCUAUCUAUCUAUCUUUCUUUCUCACUCUCAUUCAAUAUAUCUCUAUCUAUCACUCUGUAUCACUCUCAUUCUAUGUAUGCAUCCAUGUAUGUAUCUCACACUCAUUCUAUAUAUCUCUAUCUAUCUCUCUGUCUCACUCUCAUUCUAUCUAUCUAUCUAUCUAUCUAUCUAUCUAUCUAUCUAUCUAUCUAUCUAUCUAUCUAUCACCCUCUCUCACUCUUAUUCUAUCUAUCUAUCACCCUCUCUCACUCUUAUUCUAUCUAUCUAUCUAUCUAUCUAUCUAUCUAUCUAUCUAUCUAUCUCACUCUCAUUCUAUAUAUCAAUCACUCUGUCUCACUCUCAUUCUAUGUAUGUAUCUCACUCUUAUUCUAUAUAUCUCUAUCUAUCACCCUGUCUCACUCUCAUUCUAUCUAUCUAUCUAUCUAUCUAUCUAUCUAUCUAUCUAUCACCCUGUCUCACUCUUAUUCUAUCUAUCUAUCUAUCUGUCUCACUCUUAUUCUAUCUAUCUAUCUAUCUAUCUAUCUAUCUAUCACCCUGUCUCACUCUUAUUCUUUCUUUCUUUCUAUCUAUCUAUCUAUCUAUCUAUCUAUCUAUCUAUCUAUCUCACUCUCAUUCUAUAUAUCAAUCACUCUGUCUCACUCUCAUUAUAUGUAUGUAUCUAUGUAUGUAUCUCACUCUUAUUCUAUAUAUCUCUAUCUAUCACCUUGUCUCACUCUCAUUCUAUCUAUCUAUCUAUCUAUCUAUCUAUCUAUCUAUCUAUCACCCUGUCUCACUCUUAUUCUAUCUAUCUAUCUAUCUAUCUAUCUAUCUAUCUAUCUAUCUAUCUAUCUAUCUAUCACUCUGUCUCACUCUCAUUCUAUGUAUGUAUCUAUGUAUGUAUCUCACUCUCAUUCUAUAUAUCUCUAUCACUCUGUUUAACUCUUAUUCUAUCUAUCUAUCUAUCUAUCUAUCUAUCUAUCUAUCUAGUUGUCCUUUCUCAGUCUGUUGAUAUCUAUUUCCGUCUAUUUUUUGAUUGA